AUGUCUCAAUCCGUGGACCUGGGCUGGUAUGCACCGGCUUCGACGCUGAUCAACAACCUGACGAAUGUCGUCACUGCUGAGGGCGUCUAUGGCUUCAUCUACGACACUUCGGACACGCCUGCCAGUGAGUAUGGCACAUACAACUGGUGCAAUAUGCCCCAUGUUCGCAAGACCGAGUAUGUCACACCGUCUAGCGACUAUGAAUUGGCAUAUGUGGAGCUGAUUCAUCGUCACCACAAGCGCACGCCGUAUGCAUCUAAUGCGUUCCCGGUGGAGCCGUAUCACUGGGACUGCAAUGAUGAGGGUCUUUACUACUAUGGUCAGCCCUUUGAUGGCUCUGGCAAGAAGGCAGCCGCUGCUUACUGGCAGGGCUACAUCUCGCCCGUGAACCCCUUCGUGCCAUCCGGAUGGAUCGGCACCUGCCAGUUCCCCCAGAUCACGGCCCCUGGCCUGGACGACUCCUGGCAGCACGGUGCUGACUUGUACGGAGUCUACCACGACCUCCUGGGCUUCCUCCCUGACAAAAGUGAUGACUGGAGAGCUAAGGUCACCUACAGAGUGACUAACAACGUCAUCACUAGCGAAGUCGCUGGCAUGGUCAUCAAUGGCAUGUGGGAUACAAUUGACUCCAUUCCCCUGAUCAUCGAAGCUGCUGGCGUUGACAGCCUGGAGCCGCAAUAUACCUGCUCUGCCGGAAGCAAUCUGUUCAAUUCCAUCAAGUCCUCAAGCAAUGCUGCCUGGGCUGCCCACUUGACAGCUUCCACCUCGCUGUAUGCGACCUUAGACGACAUCUCUGGUGUCAGCACCACUGACUCAGGUUUCCAUGCCUCUUGGGACCACUACUAUGACAACCUGUCCGCUCGUCAGUGUCAUGCAAAGCCGCUGCCGUGCAAGCUCGUCAACGGAGUCAACAGCACCACCUGUGUCACACAGGAGCAGGCGGACGAGGUAUACCGCUUCGGCAACUGGGAGUACUCGCAGAUCUACCGCGAUGCCAAGGACUCCCUCCCCGCUAGUGUAGCUUCGUAUGGCGUCUGGGUUGCCGAGCUGGCUGCCCAUAUUCGCUCUGUGCUCGACGGAUCGAGUUCUACGAUUUACUACCACAAUGUUGCCCACGACGGCUCUGUCAGCCGACUGCUGUCUAUUCUGCAGAUCGAUGUCAUGGUCUGGCCUGGCAUGGGUAGCGAGGUGGUGUUUGAGCUGUGGAAGAAGAAGCCGACCUCAACUCUCCCUACGUCGGCUCCUACACAGACAGUCGCCCCUGGUUGCAGUCGCGACAACUGUCUUCGUCAGAUGAUUGGCAAGCCCGAAUCCGCGAGCGCUUUCUGCCCGACUUUCACGGCUGCCGCUGAGACUGCCGUGCCGACCUGGCUGAAUAACUGCAAGGGGGAUGCCUCGAGGGUGUCGUCUGCGUGCUCCUGCUUGGUUCAGCCGACGGCGACGACCACAUCGAGUGCGGCCACAAGCACUGCUACGAGCGCUAGCGGGUACUAUGUGCGUGUGCUGUUUGGUGGCAAAGUCCUGAAGUCGUCGAAUCCCAGCUUGGGCCUCAUCGACCUGAUUCCCGUUGAGACGUUGUUGGCGUACUUUGAUGGGUUGGUUGGGGAGAACGCGAGCCUCAUCAAGGGCAAGUGCAGCUCAUAG